AUACUUCACUCUGCUUGGACUAAAAUGGACAAUGGUGCCGGUUGUCAAGUGUGAGUUGCGGCACUCGACAACAAGCGAAUAAAAUUCAAAUUGCUCAAUAAAUCCAGGGCUUUAAGGGCUGAAACCCCUUCGAAAUACCCGUGAAUUAAUCCCUUACGGCUAGUCAGUGAAGCUUCAGUGCCACAAUUCAUCAUGCUGCUGGAAAGGGAGUACUUGAAACAGCAGCAUUUAAAUGGAUUUGAUAACUAUAAGUACAACUGCAAGGAUACGGGCAUUCUCAGCAUAUAUGUUAUGCACCCGUUCUGGAACUGGGUAGUCCAGUACUGCCCGAAGAAUAUCGCCCCAAAUUUGCUGACGUUCAGUGGUUUCAUGUGCACCAUUGCCAUGUACUUAAUGUUCACCUUUAUGGACUACAAUUUUACAGCGUCAGACCCCGAACAUCCAGAAGUGCCAAACCUGCCCCGUUGGAGCUGGUUUCUGGCCGCUCUGUUACUUUUCCUGGCAUACACCUUAGAUGGCAUAGAUGGAAAACAGGCGCGCAGAACAGGCACCAGUGGACCUUUGGGUGAGCUGUUCGACCAUGGGUUGGACUCGUACACUGCGGGGCUCAUGCCCGCCGCCAUGUACUCAAUUUUUGGACGAGGGGCGCGCUUCAGCGUGCCCCCGUUUCGCAUGUUCUUCACCUUUUGCAACGUGCUCAUCAACUUCUACCUGUCCCACUUUGAGAAGUACAACACUGGGGUGAUGUUCCUGCCUUGGGGUUACGACUUUACCAUGUGCGGCAUGAUAAUCAUUUUCUUCAUCACUGGGAUUGGCGGCUCUGAUUUGUGGCAAUACAGCUUGCCCGGAGGAAUUACCAAUGGGGUGCUUGUAGAGCUGACGCUCUACAUCUCGUCAAUGAUCACCAACUGGCCGAUAGUGUUCUACAACAUUUACAAGUCCUAUCGCGAUAAAACUGGGUACAUGCGAUCUUUCAGCGAGGCCAUCAGGCCCCUGAUUCCUUUAGUGCUCAACUACUUGAUCAUCUUAUGGUGGAUCUUCGAAAGUCCCUCGGAUAUAAUCGAGAGGGACCCGAGGGCGCUUUUCUUUCUCUUGGGCACGAUCUUUUCCAACAUUUCGUGUCGGGUGAUUGUGGCCCAAAUGAGCAGCACCAGGUGCGACUGGUUCAACUGGAUGUUCGUUCCCACUGUUCUGGCCAUAAUGAUUUCGGGAGUCACGCAAUCGCCCACGCUAGAACUUUACCUGCUCUAUGCCCUGUGUUUGGGCACAUCCAUUGCUCAUAUUCACUAUGGAACUUGUGUGGUAAGGCAGAUGUGCAGGCACUUUAAAAUCAACUGUUUCACCAUAGGGAAGCGCUCGGAUUGACAUGCUGUCGACAAUGCAUGAUCAGGUAGUCUCAGGAUCAAGUGUUGUCCCUCGGAGCCCCGUUUUGUUAUCCAGUCAGUUUAUACUCUUGCCCAAACACGCCCAUGUACAUUGAUGCCGAUUUAUGUACAUGUAUAGUAAGUAUGUUUUCAUACUGCCUUUAUUGUUGUUACUAUUAUUUUUUAUUGUUUAAGUACUAACUCUUUAUAGCGAAUUUUACUAACAAAUCGGGUUGUAAUGUAUGUUAUCAUUUAUUUCGCUCUGAUAGGGCACACUGACAAGCUCGUAGUUACAAGUGUAAAAAAGUACAAAGAAACAAUCAAAGACUGUUUUUGUCUUUAGGACUUCAACAAGCCCCCAGCUGGGGCUUAGAAUCGGCUUGUUACUGUGCCCUUGACUUGAUGUUGGACUUUUUCUUUUAAUUCGGGGGGCAACUGCUGAAAGUGGCGCGGCGUUGGACGGCUGUUUUCACUUACCACUUAUAGACUCAAUAGAUUUGUUUCCGACACAUUCUUAAGCGAGAAAAUCGCGUGCAAAAAACCACUGUGGCAAAAAGACUGGCCAGCAAAAUUCACUCCUGCCCAGUGGUCGUUGCAUGCGCUUUAAGGGCCUACACCAGAUCAAUUUCCGCAAGGUUUCCUUUAUACCUAAAGCAUUUAAUCUAGAUUCAAGCCAACACCGUGGGUACUCUACUUGUCAAUAUGUAAUAUAAUUUAUUAAUUAUUGUGAUAUAAGUAAAUAGUUGAAAAGG